AUGACCUUAGUAAACAUUGGCGUGUGGCUACUACGCUUGUAUCUGAAUUUGCUACUCUUCAUUCCUCGCGUGUUUCUUGAGCUCAAUUUGGCGUGGAAUCCUUUCGUCAUUCUAGCUACAAUAGCUCUCAAACGCAUCAAUUCUACAUUCAAGACAGUCACCGAUACAAUGGUGAAAAGUAACGAAAUGCGCUGGCUACAUCCUGGAGAGCGUAAUGGAGAGCGCGUCGCUAUUGUGAGCUAUCCUCGUUGCGGUAACUCGCUCAUGCGUGGACUACUGGAGAAGGUCACGGGCGUCUACACAGGAUGUGACACUCGUCCAGAUCGCUCGCUUAGCAAGGAGCUACAUCAGUAUGGUAUGAAGGGUGAAGGCAUUGUGGACGAUUCAGUCUGGUUCGUUAAGACGCACUUCCCAGAGCGCAUUGGCUACAAGGAGUUCUCCGUGAAGAAAGCCAUCCUUGUCGUGCGUAACCCGUGGGAUGCCAUCGACUCGUACUUCAACAUGAUACUUACAAAUUCACAUAACAAGAGCCUACACGAGUCACAGUAUAAACGCUUUGCGGACCGCUGGGACGGUCUGCUUCGCAACGAGAUCGACGUCUGGAUGAAGUUCCAUCGGUAUUGGACCACUAAGGUCGACAUUCCUAUCAUUGUUGUCCGAUACGAAGACCUCAUAAUGCAUCGUGAAGAGACACUGCGUCGUGUGUUCAUGUUUUUGACAGACUUGACGACGCUGGAAGGCACGGAAUGGGAAAAUCGUAUUCAUGACGCCAUGUUUACUAGCGGUGACAAGGCUGGACCGUACAAGCCUCGUAGCGGGAAGAUCGGUGCUUCAUUUCGUCACUAUUCGGAAGAGCAGUUCCAGUACAUUUUGAAGACGGCAUAUCUGCCACUGCGUGGAUUUGGUUACGACCCGGGGACGCAGAAUUUUCCUAACAAAAUUUUGCUUCCGAAGCGACAAGUGAAACCGGGCAAGGAAGGCGCAACGUUGCUCAUCUCAACCGACCAAGAGAUGGAGAUUCGCAAGAAGAAUGAUUCGUACGGACGCAGCUCGACAUACUUCCGCCGAGCGCUCACUGAGCCUGUCAUUGCAGAUGAUGGCACGGAGCUGAACAUGGACGAGGUGCAAGCCGCAAGGAAACGAUUGCUAGUGAAGACAGAUGAGAUCAAUGAAUGA